GCGCAUGCGUGUAGAAAAGGGAGCGUGUUUGUUUACAUUUAUGACUUGACAUAUCACUUGACAUGUUUAUACCUUUUUAAGCAAUUGGACACACGUCAGAACAAAUGAAUGUAUUAUGAGAUUAAUAAUAGAAAUAAUGAACAUUUUAAUUUAGCUGUCGAUAACUACCUCCACCUGUCGAUAACUGCCCCUGUCAUUAAUGCCACCAAAACAAUGAUUUCUCCUGCGAUUCGUCACAUGUACGCUUAUUGCAGAUGAUGAAAAUGGAGAACGUUUCCUGACUUCUUCGAAAUGCCAUCAUAAAAUAAUUUACGCAAAACGGUAAACUGGAAAAAACAUGUUUGAAGCUUAGACUGUCGAUAACUGCCUCCAUUGCUCUACCAAUGACAACGACUCCAAAACGUUAAAAAUUGAGAAUAUUUUUUUACUGAAAUCAAAAGGAACAUGCUGUCGCCAAAAGACACUUUGAGUUUUCGCGCCCUUAAGAUUUAACUAUACGUCACGCACCAUCUGUUUCUGCAAGUCAUCCGCAGUGUAAACAAAAGACGACGAUAUUGAGCCUGGCACAUUCCCAUGUUUAUUGGCGGUGUGCGGUGAAUUUCAAAGUUAUCGAAAUGGCAUCAACCCGUCCUAGAACACGAUCGCAGACAAACGGCACAGACAUGGGGACCAACUUUUCACGAUUAGAAGCAACGCCACCGGCUUCCAAAGAAAAUGGAUUUUCCCUGAUGACCGUUUUGAAAGGCAGCGUUGCGGCACUGUGUGGAUUAGUUUUUGGAAUUGCAGUUGAAAAAUCAAGGGUUUUUGAGCCUGCAGUUGUUACAAAUCAGAUGCUAUUCCGCAAGUUUAUAAUGAUGAAGGUGUUUUUGACAUCACUUACUGUUGGUAUGUUUUUCCUGUCGGUGCUUGCUAUUCUUCCAUUCACAAGAAAGAAGUACCUUUUGUCACGAGCAGCUUUUGUUGGAAGCAUCAACAAGAAGGGCUACUUUGGAAUCUCUAUAGGAGCUUUCAUCCUCGGCUCAGGGAUGGCUGUUGUUGGAACGUGUCCUGGCCUUGUUGGUAUACAGAUUGGAGCUGGUGUUCACAAUGCAGUGUUUACACUUGCUGGAGCUUUGGCAGGAACAGUACUCUAUGGUCUAAUGGAGCCUUACGUGACCAACUUGACAAAACCUAGCACACCUAUCAAAUACCACUUUUUGUACCAGCUGAUGGGCUCGCCUCCCUUCAUUGUUUCUUUCCCUGUAUUCUCCAUCCUGGGAAUUGUUGUUUUUUCCCUUGAGAUGAUGUACCCAUGGCAUGAUGAAAUUGCAGUGCAUUCAUCUGACUUAGUUGGCAAGGCUGUGCUAGCUAAUCCCUGCUGGCACCCCUACCUCUGUGGAAGUUUGAUUGGGUGCCUCCAAGUUCCUCUGGUACUGAUACUUGGCGAUACCUUAGGAGGAAGUAGGUGCUACUGUACUGUGAUGUCACAGGGAAUUGUCAACAACUCAAUGAAGAAACUAUCACCUUAUUUCACCAAGUUCAAAAAAGGAAUUGCCAAUUGGUGGCAGGUAGUAUUUAUUGGAGGAUCUGCCUUAGGAUCCUAUUUAUCUGCUACAGCUUCAGGCCAGUAUGGUACUGUGGAGGGUGUUUCUCCUGGUGUAGCAUCUCUAGGGGGUCUCAUGAUUAUCUUUGGUGCCAGGAUGGCUGGGGGCUGCACAAGUGGCCAUGGACUUUCUGGAGUGGGCCUUCUCAACAUGACUUCAAUGGCAGCGGUGGCAUCUUUGUUUUCUGGAGGCAUUGUGACAGCCAAGCUCCUGCAGCUGAUGUCCUGAAGAAACAACACUCACAUCCUUUAUCUGGCAGCUACUGUUUAAUAUGUGGAAUGUGUGAUUCAGACUGGGUACAAUUAAAAAAAUGUUCUGGGGCAGAAAAAGGUUAUUUAGUGGUCAUCAACAUCAUCUGAAGUCCUAUGACUUUAAUUUACAUAUGGAAAGCUUAUACUGUAAUUAAUAAGUUAGGGUAACCUGAACGUUUUCAGAAAGGGGUUUAAGUAGGAACAUUAAACAGCAGUAGACUUACCCAGUAUUAUUCUGGAGAACCAGAAAGUUUGUAGCAUGUUUGUUACAGAUAUUAUUUCACUUUGUAACAUUCCUAUUACACAUGUACCAGGUAUGAUUAAUAAAAGUUGGAUUCUAUGUGAAAUAUUUGGUCGUGAUGGCUAUAAGCAAAUCAUAGAAUCAUUAUUGAGAUUGCUGUAUUAAGAUUUUAUGACAACUAUUAUUAAUAGUGCUUAAUUUGGUAUUCUAUAGACCAUUACUAUAUCAGGUGUCUUUAACUCAUUCACCCAUGAAGACACAUUUGAACUCUUCCAAUUCAAAGGUUGGAAUAGUUCAUUAUGAAAUUUCAGGGGUGAAUGAGUUUAAUGUGAUUACUUGAGACUGCCAUAAAAUACUAUUUAUU